AUGAGAUUGCUUGUACUGGAAACACUCAUCCUGCUUGACAGAAUUUGGUCCCUACCUGUAGAGAACAUCGGGACUGUUGAGUUAAAAAGCUCGGAAAAGGCUGUAGUGUUUCCACUAGUCUUCUUUGGAGCUAAUGCUGUUGUGCUGCCGAACACAAGAUUCAAAGAUGUGAAGAAAGUCACGGAUGAGGAAUCGUAUAUCAAAGGGUUUAUGGGCUGUAUUGCAGAUGUAGUAUUAUCAUUUACAUAUUAUAAUGCAUACUGUAGAGAUAACGUUCGGCUUGGGGCGAUGUUUGAAAGAGGAUGA